UGGGAUGCAAACAAAAACAAAAAAUAGCUCACCUGUAAUGGCUGCUUGAGUUUUCCAAACGUAAAUUUGCAAGUUUUCCAGUUUUCCAACCUGUUAAUCCAUAAGUUCCAACAUUACAUUACUGAAAAUGACCUCCGCUCUAUAUCUGGAACAUUACCUAGAUGGAUUGGAACAUCUGCCGAAUGAGCUGAAGCGUAAUUUCACGCUGAUGCGAGAUUUGGACUCCCGCGCACAAGUCUUGAUGAAAUCCAUCGAUGAAAAGGCGAACGAAUUCAUGAAGCAACUGGUUAACUCGAAAGAAAAUUUCCCAGAUGAUGUGAAGAAGGAAAAGUUACGAGCGAUUCAGGAGCUGUUCAACAAGGCCAAGGAGUACGGAGACGAUAAGGUACAGCUUGCCAUUCAAACAUACGAACUAGUGGAUAAGCACAUUCGUCGGUUGGAUUCAGAUCUAGCACGGUUCGAGGGUGAAAUACAGGACAAAACAUUGAAUGCUCGUGAGAAAUCGGAGGAAACCGUAACAAAGAAGGGCGGUCGCAAGAAGGUUAAAGAUGCGAAGAAUUCCGCCAAAAAGAAGCGGGCCCACUCGUCGGAGGAUGAGGGAAGGGCUGCUGGAGCUAGUAGCACAGGUGCUAGUGGGAACACCGGCGGCAACACUAGUGCAAAUGGUAAAGGCAAAAACACCAAGAAGCAGAAGGUAAAUCAAGAAAAAGAGGGCCGCAAAGGUCAUAAGAAAAAUGCAGAGCAGGAUGAUAGUGCCCAAGAUGGAGGACAUGGAACACCUCAUCCGAGUGACGUUCUGGAUAUGCCGGUCGACCCGAACGAACCCACAUAUUGUCUGUGCCACCAAGUAUCUUACGGCGAGAUGAUUGGUUGCGAUAAUCCGGAUUGCCCCAUCGAGUGGUUCCACUUUGCCUGUGUCGGUCUCACCAUCAAGCCGAAAGGUAAGUGGUUCUGUCCGAAAUGUUCGCAGGAUCGAAAGAAGAAAUAAAAGGUGAAAACCGGUGUCUCGCUGCGGAGAGCAAUCUGCAAACGUGUAUGAAUUUGUCUGCAGUUUCCUGAGACAGGCUACUACUGAGUAUUGUAAGAAGAGGCAGUUUUCGUGACAAAGUUUUAUUUUAGAUGGGUAUGACUGUUUCGGAUAUGAAUGUACGAGAAAA